CAUCUGGAUAGAGGAGCUAGAUGACUGCAGAGGUGUAAUUACUGAGAAGUGGACUUAAACAUAACUUCUGAUGUCUGGAAUGAAUAAUGGCCCUACUGAGGAAAAUUAACUGGCUGCUGUCCUUGUUACUGAUGCUGAUGGCCUUUGCUCUUCUGUACAGCAAGAUGUUUAAGGCACGUCUGCCAGCAAAACACACAGAGAUUGGAAAUGGUGAAUCAGAGCCAGAAACAGACAUUCCAGUUGUGAUCUGCGCUUCAGAAGAGCGUAUCGGAGCUACCGUUGCAACAAUCAACAGUGUGUACAGCAACACUCAGGCCAGUGUGAUAUUCUACAUAGUGACCCUGCGAGAUACCAUCAAAACUAUAAGGCAGUAUAUUGAGAAAACCAAACUGAAAAAGAUCAAGUAUAAGAUCCUGGAAUUUAAUCCAACUGUGCUGAAAGGCAAAGUAAAACCAGAAUCAUCCAGACCUGACCUUCUACACCCUCUGAAUUUUGUGAGAUUCUAUUUGCCACUGUUGGCCAUCAGCAAUCAUAAGAGGGUUGUUUACCUGGAUGAUGAUGUAAUUGUUCAAGGAGAUAUCCAGGAGCUCUACCAGAUCAAGCUGCAACCCGGCCAUGCAGCAGCAUUUGCUUCAGACUGUGACCUCCCUGAAACACACGACAUGGUGCGCAGCGUGAGCAUGCAGACCACCUACAUGGGUUUUCUGGACUACCGGAAGCAGGCGGUCAGGGACUUGGGCAUCAACCCCAGCGACUGCUCCUUUAACCCUGGGGUUUUUGUAGCUGAUAUUGAUGAGUGGAGGAACCAAAAGAUCACCAUGCAGCUGGAAAAAUGGAUGAGUGAGAAUUUUAAGGAAAAUCUGUACAGCAGUGCCAUGGCAGGUGGUGUGGCCACUCCUCCUAUGCUAAUUGUAUUCCACAAUAAAUACACAACAAUUGACCCGAAGUGGCACGUCAGACAUCUGGGUUGGAGUCCUGAUGCGCACUACCCCCUGUCAGUUGUCAGCGAGGCAAGGCUGCUUCACUGGAAUGGGCGCUUUAAGCCUUGGGACUACCCCUGCGUUCACAUCAACCUCUGGGAGAGAUGGUUUAUACCUGACCCUUCAGGAAAAUUUGAACUUGUGCGACCUGAAACUUAAAAGGAACACUACUAAAUGCAAAACUAAAGCUUGCUCUCUUGGUCCAGUGCUGUACAGAGCAGUGAAAAUGUGUUAAAAAGGACGGCACAAGUGACCAUCAAGACACUGUAGAUUCAGUUGUAAUUAGUUACUUACAAAAUAAAGGUCCUAUAGUAUGGGUACAGUAAUAUAUUCAAUUUCUGUUCCUAGAAAAAAAUGGAAGAGAAACUUCAGUGUGUUUAACUUCCACAAAUAGAGGGCAGCAAUCACAAAGAAUAACCACACUUUUUGUCAUUUUGAUCAUACAGACAGUGAUGUACUACAUAGGGAUGAAGUAUAUAGACAUGAUUUUUAUUUUUAGUGGGAUUUGGAGAAGAAAAAAAAACUGGGUGGGAGGAAUCUGGGUUUGUGAUCAAAAGAUUUUUUUUUUCUAUAUGCUCUGUGUGUUGUACUGCCAUGGCUUUUUUUUUUGUUGGUGUUAGUUAAACCAGGGCAACCAAACCAGUGGUUUGGUUAAUAUUCUUGUUGACACUGCCAGUGUCAACAAAACAAUGAGUGAU